AUGGUUCGCGUUACUGCCACCGUGAUUGCCGGCCUAGCUGGUCUAGCCGGCAUGACCUCUGCCCAUCCGGGCCACGACGUGCGCGCGGAAGCCGCGGAGCGUGCCGCCUUUUUGAAGCGUGCUCCCAUGCACGCUCGCGGUUUGAGCCAGUGCGCCAGCAAGCUCAAGGCCCGUGGCCACGAGAGCAGCAACAUCGCCCGUCGCCAGGCGACGCUGGAUUCUCUGCGCCGUCGCAAGGGAUUGUCCACUCGUGCACCUCUCCUCAAGGCCCGCGACCUGACCACUAUCCUCAACACCUCCCACUUGUCCUCGUUGGAUGUGACCGAGAACACUCAGGACUAUGAUACCUUGUUCGCCUCCAACGCCAGCUGCGUGCUCGGCCCGGACGUCACCCAGGGUCCUUACUACGUCAGCGGCGAAUUGAUCCGCAGCGACAUCGUCGAUUCCCAGGAGGGUGUCCCUCUGUACCUGGACAUCCAGCUGGUCGAUAGCAGCACCUGCGACCCCGUUCCGGAUGUGUACAUUGAUUUCUGGCACUGCAACGCCACCGGCGUCUACUCCGGCAUCCAAGCCAGCGGCAACGGCAACUCGAACGACGCCUCCAACCUGGACGCGACCUUCCUGCGCGGCAUCCAGCAAACCGACGACUCGGGCGUGGUGCAAUUCCAAACCAUCUUCCCGGGCCACUACACCAGUCGCGCGACUCAUAUCCACGUCCUAAGCCACAACCCCAGCACCACAACCAGCACCAACGCCAACGACACCCUGACGGACGGCCUGUACAGCACGACGGCCAACCACGUGGGCCAGCUCUUCUUCGACCAGGACCUGAUCGCCGAGGUCGAGGCCACUAGCCCCUACAGCACCAACACCCAGGAGCUGACCACCAACGCCAACGACUCCAUCCUCUCCGAGGAGGCCGACUCCAUCGACCCGUUCGUCGAGUACGUGCUGCUGGGCGACUCGAUCAGCGACGGCGUCUUCGGGUGGAUCUCCCUCGCCAUCGACUCCGACGAGUCGUCCAGCAUCACCCCCGCCGCUUAUUAUACGGCCGAUGGGGGCGUGGAGAAUGAUUCUUCGUCCGGUGGGGGUUCCGGUUCCGGUAGUGGAAGCGCGCCUGGGGGGCAGAGUUCGGGGGCGCCCGGUCAGGGACAGGGUGGUCGGCCUUGA